UGACAGGAGGAUGCUGAGCUGCAUUCCCAUCAUUCUGUGAGGAGAGGAGGAUCCCCCUGCGCAGCCACGACGGAGGAGACGCCGAGCGAUAAGAACAUAUAAAAAUAAUCCAAGUUGAGCUUUUUAUCUGCCACCAUGUCAGCUGGAGGAGAUUUGGGGAACCCCCUGAGGAAAUUUAAACUCGUGUUUUUGGGCGAGCAGAGCGUGGGGAAAACAUCUCUCAUCACUAGAUUCAUGUACGACAGUUUCGACAACACAUAUCAGGCCACCAUUGGAAUUGACUUCCUAUCAAAGACAAUGUACCUGGAAGACCGAACAGUAAGGCUGCAGCUGUGGGAUACAGCUGGACAGGAGCGUUUCAGGAGCCUCAUCCCGAGCUACAUUCGAGACUCUACAGUGGCUGUGGUCGUCUAUGACAUUACAAAUGUGAAUUCAUUCCAGCAGACCUGCAAAUGGAUUGAUGAUGUCAGGACAGAGAGAGGAAGCGAUGUUAUCAUCAUGCUAGUAGGCAACAAGACAGACCUGGAGGAGAAGAGGCAAAUCACGAUCGAGGAAGGAGAGCAGAGAGCCAAAGAGCUGAACGUCAUGUUCAUCGAGACCAGUGCCAAGACAGGCUGCAAUGUCAAACAGCUGUUUCGUCGAGUUGCAGCGGCCCUACCUGGAAUGGAAAGCUUGGACGACGCGAAUCCUGAAGGCAUGAUCGACAUCAAGCUGGACAAACCAGCAGAGCCUACUGUCCCUGAAGGCGGGUGCUCAUGUUAAUGCAGAGCUGCAUUUGGACAGCUCCCUUCACACCAUAGGCUUGUUGUGUUGCUUACUACUGGUUAGCUUCCAGUUGACUUCUCUAAUUGGAUAUAGGAUCCGGGCCUUGUAUCUGAUUGGACAAAUCAAAUGUUAUCUUUCAGUCUUUGUUCAGUUGUAAAAUAUUGUAUACUUUGUCAAUAUGUAAGUGACUGGAGGAGAAAAGGGAAGAUAAAAAAAAACAACAACAACAAUAUGAUGACAUGAAAAUGACAAAAAACUGUUUGGGAAAAAUGAAAAAGGGAGAAAAAAAAAACGGGACAACCAACGGAGUUCUUUUCGCUGUUAUGUUUUGUAUUUUUUAUAUAUAAAAUGGGAAAGCACCAAAAAUGAUGCCUAAACACAGAAGGAGAAAUAGUCGGGGCUCAGCUGUUUUUCUAGACGGCUGAACAUGUCUGAAUGUCUGCAGCACGCAUGCACGCUGAUCUGAUCUUUGACCUUUGGCCUGCCCUCCAGGGUCUCCGCGCUCUGGACGGAGGUUGACUAUCUUAGAAUGUUUUAUAGCAUCUCUCUAUAGCAUCUCAUGACAAAACGUAUCUCAUUUGAUAUUCCCACAAGAGUCAACUUCCAGUAGGUUCACCUAACAGUAGCUGUGAAAAUGUGGCACUCUAUCUCUCUAUGGGUUUAACUUUUAUAGAACAAACUGUACUGUGGUUGAAAAAAAAAAAGAAGUAAUAAAAAGACAACUUACUAUCAACACUCCCCAUCCCUUCAACAAGUCCUCUCCUCUUCCUCCUCUCCUCCCUCUGUCCCUCUGUCUCUCCUUCCAGCCUCCCCCGUCCCUCCAUCCCGGUAAUACACAUAUAACAAUCCACUGUAAUGCACUGCACUGUAUAUAAUAAUGUAAUAUGUAUGUUGUGAACGUCCCUCUGUAGAAGUGGUCCUUGUUCACCAGUAUGAAAAAUGUAAUAAUGUUUAAUGAUUAAUAAAUUACAGAUUAAAGGGCUUCACUCUCCUAACCAUCAACAUUUA